GAGGUAAUAAUAAUUGGCAACAACUGGAGCCACAGCAACUGUUUCAAGAUAAUAAUAAUAUGUCGAAUCUUUUGGCAAUCUCAACUGAUAAUUAUCAAACCAAUGCUCAGCAACAAUUAAGCCCUGUUGAGUACGAGUAUGCUAUGGAUAUGGUAUUUAAGCAAUUACUUAGUGAUUAUAUUGAUCCUGCGAUGCAAACACCACCGCAAUAA